CGUGAUGGCGGCGCUCGCAUUACCAUGGAGACCGAGGACGCUACCUAUCACAAUCAGUGCAGAAGCGAGAUAAAACAACGAGAGGAAGCUGAACGCUACCAUGGCGCAUGGCAGCGCUACUACUAUGGAAGUCAGCCUGAAAAGGAACUCUAUAGGUAG